AGCCCCGAGGAGAGAACUGGAGCAGAACCAUCCCACCAGGACCUCCCUGUCCUUCUCCCUCCUGCUGCACCCUUCGUUGCCAACGUCUCCUCCACCAUGUCGUUCUCUGAAGCAGAGGUGCAAAGCGCCCGCAGCGCCUGGGAGAAGAUGUAUGUGGAUGCUGAGGACAAUGGGACAACUGUGCUGGUCAGGAUGUUUACUGAGCACCCAGACACCAAGUCCUACUUCACACACUUCAAAGGCAUGGACUCCGCCGAAGAGAUGAAACAGUCGGAUCAGGUCAGGGGCCAUGGCAAGAGGGUUUUCACUGCCAUCAAUGACAUGGUGCAACACCUGGACAACUCCGAGGCUUUUCUUGGGAUAUUGAACCCACUCGGCAAGAAACAUGCCACGCAGCUGAAGAUUGACCCCAAAAACUUUAGGAUUAUCUGUGACAUUAUCUUGCAACUGAUGGAGGAGAAAUUUGGCGGAGACUGCAAAGGUUCCUUUGAGAAGGUGACCAAUGAAAUCUGCACUCACCUGAACAACAUCUACAAAGAGGUGGGUUGGUGAGAAUGUGCAACCUCCAGGCUCUUCAAACAUCUCGCCAGCGCUGAUUUGCUGCUUUUGGGCCUCCAGACAUAGUUGGAAGAAUGAAAAAGUAAAAAAAAAAAAAGCAAGAAAAGGC